CCGUCCCGUUCGGAUCUGAACACCCCUAACCCUAACGCCGCUGCCGCCUCCUCGAUGGCAUAUUGCGACGAUGACUUCGCCCUCCUCAGUGACGAAGCCCAGUCGCAGCCACAGCCGCCGUUCGCCACCCACCGCUACGUCUCCUCCAAGCCACCGGUUAUCACCCACCACCACCACCACCACCUCGCUUCCAUCCCGAUCCCCAUAGACAAGCAGGCGGUCGUCGACGGCUCUAGCGUCGACGAACAUGAGGGAUACGGCGAGGCCUUCGCCCAUACGGACGUCUCUCACCACUGCUUCCCCGACAAUGCCACCGACCCGUUCGCCCCUCAGCAGCAUCCUGCCGCGGAGGAAGUCGAUGGCGACGAGGAUGGAGGAGCCGAGAAUAACCCAGAAAACAAGGGGGCUUCGAUAUCUGCUUCCCACCGCAAUCUACACCAGCAGCAGCAGAUGCCACAUCAUAUCCUGCCCAAGCGUAAGGAUCGCGACGCCUUGAGCGACGGCGAAUCGCCUUACUGCCACAAUAUCAACGCAGCUGCGAACAAGAAGUCGAAGUCAAUGCCAUCGUCGGGAGACUACCGGAAGGAUCGAGAGGAGUGGAGCGACACGGCCAUCGGCUCCCUCCUCGACGCCUACGCGGAGAAAUUCGUGCAGCUCAGCCGGGGUAACCUGCGGGGAAGGGACUGGGAAGACGUAGCCACUAUUGUUAGCGAGCGUUGCAACAGGCAGAAGGCUGCAAAGAGCGUGGAGCAAUGCAAGAACAAAAUUGACAACCUCAAGAAGCGAUACAAGGUCGAGUGUCAGCGGCUCAGCAGCAGUGGCCUCCCUGGUAGCCACUGGACAUGGUUUAAAAAGAUGGAGCAGCUCGUUGGCUCAUCAUCCUCGUCAAAGGCUGUUAUCGACGAUGAUAAAUCCGUUUCUCUUUGUGGUCCUGCAACAGUCUCGAAACCCAUGAAAAGAUGUCCUGUUUCUGUAACUGGACCUGUGAGUGUAAAUAACAAUUCAAAGAUGAAAGUAUUGCCAAGCCCACGGUGGAAGAGAGUUAUCUUAAAGAUUAGUGGCAUGGCAUUAUCUGGAGGUACUCAGAAUGUCGACCCUAAGAUAGUGAUGCUAAUCGCCAAGGAAAUCGCAAUUGCUAAUGGUUCUGGCAUGGAGGUGGCCGUCGUUGUUGGAGGUCGAAAUUUCUUUUGUGGUGAUACUUGGAUGGCUGCAACUGGAGUUGAUAGGGCCACAACUUUUCAGAUAAGAAUGAUGGCAUCAUUGAUGAAUUCUAUAAUGCUCCAAGCUUCUCUAGAGAAGAUUGGUAUCGAGGCACGCUUACAUUCUACCUUAAUGAUGCAAGAUAUUGCCGAACCGUAUAUACGACGACGUGCUAUUCGUCAUCUUGAAAAAGGCAAAGUUGUUAUUUUUGGAGGAGCUGGUGCUGAGACAGGAAAUCCACUCAUUAGCACUGAUACUGCAGCUGUCUUGAAGGCCUCUGAGAUUCAUGCAGAUGCCGUCCUCAAAGGCAUUCCUACAGAUGAGUUCUACAAUUUUCAGUCAACAAACAGCAGUGGCAGUUCAUUUGAGCACAUUUCCUUCAGAGAAUUCAUGUCAAGAGGGUUUACUGCAGUGGACAUAGCUGCACUAAAUUUUUGCGAAGACAACAACAUUCCUGUUAUUCUCUUUAGUUUAUCAGAACCAGGCAAUCUAUCAAAGGCAUUUUGUGGAGACCAAGUAGGUAUACUGAUCGACCAAUCAGGGAGGAUUAACGGAUAAUGUGUUGCCUCCCCAAGGUAGUGAACUGAAAUACUUUUUGGAGCUGCAUGCAUACAAGGCCUUUUGCGAGUGUAGAAGCUGGUAUCUUCUAUGGAUACAAUGAUUCUUGAUUUAUGGUGAAUUUCGGAAUACAAAACCAGCUCCACUUCAUAUUGUGAUCCAUGUUGAUGGUUUCUAUGUCAGAUUUUGUUGUUUAUUGUAGCUGUAUAUUAUUUGGAUGCAUUGCGCGAGUGAUUUCAAAGGAGAUCCUAGGAAUAGAUCUACCUUGCUGGGUUGUUGAUAGGUUGGGACAGUAUUCCUUGUGCAUAUAUGUAUUAUUUGCAUUGGUCUACAAUUGAAUUUUAAAUAAUUUUUCAUUCGAGCACAAUGAACAUGACUCUUCAUUUUUGUUGAUCCCCCCCAAGGACAAAUCCUUUUGUCGUCCAAUCUCAGCCUCCCCAUCAAAUGUGUACUUUGGAU